CUUCCCCGGAGUCGGCUCUCCUGGCUCCGUCCCGCUCGCACGACGCUUUUGCAAAACUGCGAAGAGGACGCCUGAGGCAAAAGCGCCCGCGAGGAGAGGAGAGGAGAGGAGAGGAGGGGGCGGGCAGGGCCACUCCGGGAGGGAGGGAAGGAAGGAGGGAGCGACGGUUUAUUCUCUUGCUGCUGCUGCUGCUGCUGCUGUCCGGCCGGCCCGACCUGAGGCGACGCGAGCGGUUCAGACGCAGCAGCCCGCGGGAGAGCAGCCAGCCUGGGGAGGCGGCGGCGGCGCCAGUUGCGGACCCUGCUGCCCUGACCUUGGCGAGCUCGGCCGGCCGCUUCCCCCGUCAGGAAGGGCAACUCACCUGCUGCUGCUGCCGCCGCCGCCGCCUGCCUGCCUGCCUACCUGCCUCGAGGCGAGGAAAAGUUGCCGCCACCGUCGUGGUCGUCGAGGGAAGCCGCGGAGGUGCAGGGCAGCGCGAUGAGUCCCAGCCCGGCCGUGCAGAGGCGCGGGAGCCGCGGGAAGCGCACCAUGCCCGGGACGCGGCUGCUGCUCGGCUUGGCUCUCCUCUGCGGCUGCACGCAGCUCCUGGCCGAGGCCAGCUCCUGGUGGUCCUUGGCUAUGAAUCCAAUCCAGAGACCAGAAAUGUACAUCAUCGGAGCCCAGCCUGUCUGCAGCCAGUUGCCGGGACUCUCCCCGGGCCAGAGAAAGUUGUGCCAGCUCUACCAGGAGCACAUGGUGUACAUUGGGGAAGGUGCCAAGAAUGCUAUCAAAGAGUGCCAGUAUCAGUUCCGGCAGAGGCGGUGGAAUUGCAGUACGGUGGACAACACAUCUGUCUUUGGCAGGGUUAUGAGCAUAGGUAGCCGAGAGACUGCGUUCACCUAUGCCAUCAGCGCUGCGGGGGUGGUGAACGCCAUCAGCCGGGCCUGCCGCGAAGGGGAGCUCUCUACCUGUGGCUGUAGCCGAACAGCCCGACCAAAGGACUUGCCUAGAGACUGGCUGUGGGGUGGCUGUGGGGACAAUGUGGAAUAUGGCUACCGAUUUGCCAAGGAGUUUGUGGAUGCCAGGGAGAGGGAGAGGAACUACGCCAAGGGAUCACAGGAACAGGCCCGCACGCUGAUGAACCUGCAGAACAACGAGGCAGGCCGCAGGGCAGUGUACAAGCUGGCCGAUGUGGCCUGUAAGUGCCACGGUGUCUCGGGUUCCUGCAGCCUCAAGACGUGCUGGUUGCAACUGGCCGACUUCCGCAAAGUGGGUGACCUGCUGAAAGAGAAGUACGACAGUGCGGCAGCCAUGCGGAUCAGUCGCAAGGGCAAACUAGAGCUGGUGAACAAUCGCUUCAACUCGCCUACUCAGGAGGACCUGGUCUAUGUGGACUCCAGCCCAGACUACUGCCUCCGCAAUGAGACCACGGGGUCACUGGGCACCCAGAGCCGGCUCUGUAACAAGACUUCAGAGGGCAUGGACGGCUGUGAGCUGAUGUGCUGUGGACGGGGCUAUGACCAGUUCAAGAGUGUGCAGGUGGAACGCUGCCACUGCAAAUUCCACUGGUGCUGUUAUGUGAAGUGUAAAAAAUGCACAGAGAUUGUCGAUCAAUAUGUCUGUAAAUGAAAGUCCCUCCAGAGAGCUAAAAAUUAUAUUAUAUAAAUCUAUAUAAAUAUAUUUUAUAUAUUUGUAUAAGUAAAUAGAUGGUGACAAUAAUAAUAAUAAUUAAAGAAGCUUAUUUAAGAGACAGGGUUUUUUUUGUUUCAGUUCUAAAAGAGUUCCCUUAAGAAUGGCUGGCUUCUCCUUUUUAUUAUUUAAUCAGGGAGCAAGAAAAGGGAUUUGUGUGCUGGUUCCCCCACCCUUGCAGCCAGAAUAAAAGGGAAUCAGGAUGGCCAUUGGUGGAAAAGAUCUGCCUCCCUCUAUUUUACCCCAGAAGCAAGACGACGGACGUGUGCCUUCUACCAUCUUACAGCUGGAAUUCCAAUGGGUGUAUUGUGCUUUUUUGGACACACUUGGACACACUUUAAAUGCUCAGACUAAUUUCUGGAAGGAUGUAGGAGCUGUUUUCUGCUUCAUCUAAAAGCACGCUGUGGAAUACCAAACUAGAAAGCAGUUUGCCUGCAUCUGACAUUGAAAAAUGAGUUUUAAAAUGUCAGGGCCCGCACGUCACAUGGAGAGAAGAUAAAUCUUUGCACAAUGGCAGAUGAUUCCCCUGCCUAGAAAAGGACAACGUUACUUUCGACCUGGAAGUGCUGCUUUAUCCUUAUAUCCUUGACAGGAACCCAUUAUCUGGCUCUUCUGCAUUUUGGGAAAGGAGGUAAAAUGUACCAAAGCUUUGAAAGGGCAAAGUUGUCAUGGUGGAAUCCAUAAGGUCCAUUUUCUCCUUGUGGAAAAAAAGAGGUGGCUACCACUUUCCUGGGCCUGUUGGAUUUGUUCUGUGUGAGUUUCUCUGGACUUGACAGGAAUAUGGAGACCCACAAUGCCAAACAAACACACCACACCUCAGUCCUCAACUUGGACUUAGUCAUAUUGCAAGCUCUUUUUUAUGUUUUCCUUAUCACUGUCCUAGAUGUACAGUUCCUUUUCAACAUUAAAAAAACCCUUUGUUCUCACCC